GGAUUUUUAAAAAAUGAAAUAUUUAGCACUCAUCUUUGUUAUAUCAAUUUCAGUACAAAUUAUAAAUUGUGCUGAAAUUGAUUUAAAUGAUUAUAACAGCUUGAAUUUAUCUGAUCCAUGUGAUGUUAAAGGUUCUAAUUUUAAUGAAUGUAUCAGAAAUUAUUUGCAGAAACUUUGGCAUACAAUUGCGAAUCCAUAUGGAAUUGAAAAAUUACAUUUACCACCAUUAGAUCCAUUUGUACUAAAUGAAAGAAAAUGGCCAUUUAGAAAUGAUUUAUUUGAUUUUGUAUUUUAUACAAAUAAUUUGAAAAUAAUUAAUAUGAAUCAAACAACAAUACAUAAAAGUAAAAUGAAGUUUUUCGAUACAAAUAAAUUUUCAUUGGAAUUAGAUAUGUCAGAUCCAGAAGUUAUAAUUGAUUCUGAUUUUAAAUUAAAUUUAAUAAUGAGUGAUUUAAAGAUAAAACAUAAAGGACGUUUUAAUUUAAAAGUAAGUCAAAUUCAUAAUUACGUUAAAGUUACUGGUACUCUUGAUAAACGAAAUGGUUAUCAUUAUUUAAGACCGAAAACAGUUAAUUUUAAAGCAAAUAUAAAAGAUUUUAAAUUUGUGGUGAAAAGUGAUGAAUCAAAUGAAUCAAAUGCAAUAUUAGAUAAUUUAAUUUCAAAUCUUUUUACAAAUAAUUUAAAAGAAAUUUAUAAAAGUUUUGUAGUUGAAACAAGACCAUUGUGGGAACCAAUUAUUUUAGAUAUAUCAGGAAAUUUCUUUAAGAAUUUCCCCGGUGAAUUAAUGUGCACCAAUUUGGAUUAAAUAUUCUUAAUAAAAGUUAUUAUUUUUUUUUAUAAAAUAUUGAUGUUAAUAAUUUUAAUAAAUA